ACCUCCCCGAGCAGGGCAUAUCUCUGUGCUGUCCUGGCCCUGCUCACAGUUCUCAGCUAGAUGGGACCAAAGCUUGACGGUCCCGCAGACCCACACUCCCACAUCAGCCCCGGGGGAGAGAGAAGAGCAGAGAGCAGGAAGCUGCUGUAGUGUGCUGACUGGCUGAGAGACGCCAGAAGGAAACCAAUGUGUUGAUGAGGCAGGCUGAGUCACUCCAUCUCCCCUCAGUCUGGUGUCCAGAGGUGGCCGGGGGUCCAAGUGUGCACCGCUUCUCGAGUGUGUGUGACUUUACUUUGCAUCUUUUGAUCACUGGAACUGGACUGUAAGCAUUAUGACUCUUCUGGGCUCUGAACACUCCAUAUUGAUACGAAGCAAGUUUAGAUCAGUCCUGCAGUUAAGACUUCAGCAGAGGAGGACACGAGAGCAGCUGGCAGACCAAGGCAUCAUGCCUCUAAACCAGGGCAAGUUCCCCAAGCAGGAGGACUCGUAUGCAUUUGAGGAGGACAGCAGCAGUGAGAGUCUGUCUCCAGAGCAGCACCACAGUGACGAGUCGCAGGGCUCGGCCUGCCCUUCAUCGGAGGCUGUCGGCAGUACGCCCUCCUCUUCCUCCUCACCUGCCCUCAUCAGCCCAGGACAGGGAGGUGUGACCCGAGAACCCUCGGACCAAAGCCAGGAUGAAGGGCUGUCUGGUGCCAACAACAGCCAGGCCACUCCCCCAAUACCUGUUCCUGCUAUUGUCAAGUCAAAGACUUCAGACAAGAACCGACACAAGAAACCCAAAGAUGUGAAGCCAAAGGUGAAGAAGCUCAAGUACCACCAGUACAUUCCUCCGGACCAAAAGGCAGAGAAGUCCCCUCCGCCCAUGGACUCGGCCUACGCCCGCCUCCUGCAGCAACAGCAGCUCUUCCUGCAGCUGCAGAUCCUCAGCCAGCAGAAACAUGCUCACACACAUCCACAGUCGCUGCAGUCACAGCAGCACACACACACUGCCCAGACCCAGCAGCGGCAGCCCUCUUUCAGCUACCAGCCUCACCCACCCACCCAAGCCCAGAAAGGAGCCAGUGAGCAGCUGUCAGUUUGUAGCUCCAGCACUCCAUCAGGCCGAGCCAACAGCAGCUCACCCUCCCCAGUCAAGAACACUUAUGCCAACCAAAGCAGCGUCUCGCCGGUCAAACCUGGGCCCCUGCCAGCUAAUCUGGACGACCUAAAAGUCUCAGAGCUGCGGCAGCACCUGCGGAUCCGCGGCAUGCCCGUCUCCGGCACCAAGACGGCCCUCGUCGAGCGACUCGGACCCUUCAGGGACUCCAAUGCCGGCUCCUCGCCCUCGGGCUCCUCUGACAUCACCACAGUGAUCUUCCCUGUCACCCCCACAGGAUCCCUGUCCUCCUACCAGUCCCCGUCCUCCUCCAGCGCUCUGUCCCAGGGCGGCUACUACCCUUACCCCAGCACCUCCUCCACCCCCCCCAUCUCUCCGGCCUCCUCGGAGCUGUCCCUCAGCGGCUCCCUCCCCGACAGCUUCAGCGACGUGCCCAUGUCCUCGCCAACGCAGUUCGCCCUGCAGCCAUCUCCGGCCCAGCUCAGCAUGGAGGAUGGCCCGGGUGGGGGAAGGCCCAGGGCGGGGGAGGGUGGAGGUUUGGAUGGCGUGGAAGCCGAAAAAGAUAAGAUGCUGGUGGAAAAGCAGAAGGUGAUUGAGGAGCUAACGUGGAAGCUGCACCAGGAGCAGAGACAGGUUGAGGAGCUGAGGAUGCAGCUUCACAAGAGGAAACGCUGCUAUGGAGCAACACAGGACCCCGCCCCCCCUCCAUCACACCCCGCCAUGCUCCACCAGUCGCCCCCAGCCAUGAUGGGCCAGCAUUUCUUUGGGGUGACUAUCAAGCAGGAGCCCAUGUCCUUGUCCUCCAGCUGCCCUCUGUCCUCUCCCAAACAGCUGAAGAGCUCUCCUGGCAGUUGCAUGGAGGAUAUGGGACACUGCAACAACCCCCUCUCCAACAUGGGGGGCCCCGGUGGGCCUCACUGUAUGGACAGGUCCUCUGGCAGCCCCUCCAAUAUCUCUGCUUUCCUCAGUCCCCAGUGCUCCCCUCGAGACUCCCCCAUCGGGAAGCCUUCUGGUAGCCCCCAGCCUUCAUCUCCUAAUAACCCCUACCUGCUGUCACCUCCGCUGGGAAGAGACGGCUGCAGUCACCUCCACCCCCACACCCACCCCCCGGGCAACAACAGAGCACGCAACAUGCAGAUGCAGCAGAAGAAUGGCGGCCAAGCGGUGAACUGUUCUUAUCCUGCUGAGCAGAGAGGCCUUCAGGGAGUCUUUCCCAACCCGACUGACUGUGGCCACAGCGGCUCAGCCAAGCCUGAGCACCACAACGUGCAACCAAAGAUGUCAGUAGUGCCCUCUCCUCGGCAUGUUGGCCAAAAGUGCCAGGUCCCUCCCCCUGCCUUCAGUAGCUCAGAUUCAGAUGCAUCAGACUUAAGACAGCCCCCAUGCUAUGAGGAUGCAGUGAAGCAGCAACUGACCAGAAGUCAGCAGAUGGACGAACUUCUGGAUGUGCUCAUAGAGAGUGGAGGGUGUCCCGGCCUCCUCGUCCCCAGGUUCCACAGACACUACGAACACCUGUCCCCCACCCAGUUCCCUUACGACCACUCGGCUAAUCACAUCACUGAGAGCCACCUGGAGAAUCUGCUGGGAGGUCCGAUUGGCCGGGGAGCGGAGGUAGCUCUUCUUAAAAUGGCCAGCGAGGACGGGGGCCAGGAAGAGGACGGGAACAGAGACGGCGAGGGGUACCACCACCACCACCCUCACCAUCCCCAACAGGACAAACUUCUGACCAACAGAGAUCUGAUGGACACGCCUCUAUCGCCCAUCAGCACCAAGGGGUCCGGCGUGUCCGAGGUGCAGGGGAUGGUCAGCAUGGCGUUCAGCGAGACGCCGUGGGAGACCAUGGAGUGGCUGGACCUGACGCCCCCCAGCUCGGCCACGGCCUUUAGUAUGGCUCCGCCCAGUGGGCCCAGCAUCUUCAACACAGAGUUCCUGGAUGUCACAGACAUUAACUUGAACUCUGCCAUGGACCUUCACCUGGAGCACUGGUGAAAGCUCCAGCGCAGUGCUCGCCAUCCGCCGUCAAACACAAGACACCAGCUACAAGUAGCUGUACGGACCGCUGCCACAUGCCAAAGAACUAGUGACUUCUACCCUGAACAGCUUCAGUCCAAGUGCCAGCAUGUGCCUUUUGUUAUAAGUGGGAUGUGACAUUAAGUAGACCAUUAUUCAAAGAUUGAUGGCUACAGAAUUAUAUUUUAAGGUCAUCACCCCCAGAAUUCAAAGACUAAGGGCUUUUUGACAUAAUCUGUGUCCUUUUUGGACAACGAUGCGCACAGCUGCCAAAUAAGUGUGACAGUGGACACAUGAAGGCUUCCCUAGGUAAUGGUGACAUGAGUACAGUGCUUUAUACCAACACCGUAUGCAACUAUCAGUGUUACGCCCCCCUAGACUUGAAGACACAUUUGGACAAUCAUUGUAUAUUUUCUGAGUCUGUGUUUGUUCUACUGGAAAAAAAAAACUAAAGGAAUUACAAGGUGAAUUGGAUUGCUUAGUACGGCCAUUUUGUAAAUAUCCUAACUAUCUGUACUGGCAGAGACAAGAGGACGUCGGGGGUGUGGGAGAAGAUGCAAACCACAAAUCAAGUGCAUUAUGUAAUCAGUUAAUCAGGUGAUGGAACUAUCCCACUGUGCACAGCGCUGAAAACACACGGUCACGUUUGCUUGAGCUUAGGAUACGUGUGUAGAAAUGGUUGUCAUUCCGUUUUUGUACAAGUUUCUUUUCACUAUUUGGCUUAUUUAUCCACACAAUGACAUUUUGGAGAAUCUUUGGUCUUAUUGGUUUAAUCAGCAGACAAACUGCCUUUUUUGCAACAGCUUUGUAUUACUAUUUGUUUAUACCAGUUCCCCCUUCACAUUGUAUUAUGAAUUUGCUAUUUCCUGGAAGCUGUUAACAGAUAUUAAUAUAGAAAGCUCCAACAUAGGUCAACAUCACUUUUUCAGACAAGUGUUAAUAGAAAAUACAACUUCAUCUCUAUUUUUUUCCCCACUAAGUAGUUCUUUGUCCUUACAAAUUUCACCCUUUCUAUUCGCAGCCCACCGUUAUUUAUAGUGUUUUUAUAUUUAUGCUGUAUUUAUACUGACAUUCCUUUCUAAUAGACUGGCACUGUGAUUUAACAGGUAAACUCCAGUGCUGCCAUUUGGACCACGGACAUUUCUUAGUAAAUCAAUUAUCUUAAAAAUGUGAUACAAAGUGAAGGAGCCACUUGGAAAAGCCAUGCUUUCUUUUUUUCAGAUUAUUUUUUGGGGCUUUUCCCUUUAUUACAUUGAGACAGUGGAUAGGCAUGAAAGGGGGAGAGAUAUGGGGGAUGACAGGCAGCAAAGGGCAACAGGCCAGAUUCGAAUCCGUGCCGCUGCAGGACUCAGCCAACAUGGGGCAAAUGCUCUUACUGGGUGAGAUAGAGGCCGCCCCAAAGCCAUGCUUUCUUAAAUCACUUCUUUAAAGAACCCUAUGAAGUGGCCAUUAUUAGCACUUGUGAAUAGGAAAAUGUAAUAAAUUCAGAUCUUAACUGUGAAUACUGCAUGUUAACACAGAGCCAGCAUACACACACUUAUGAGACAAGUUCACACUCCCAACCCCGUAAGGCUUUUAGUUUUGGUCGGCAAUUGUUUUUUUCACACAAGAAGAUGGGUACCAUUAGCCACCUUCUCAUCUAUUGGCAAGAAAGCAAAUAGACUUCCCAAAAUGUCAAACCUUUGCUUCAAGUGCCUUGGCCAAUACAUUUCUUCACUGUGUUCUGUUUAAACAAAGUAUUGCUUUGUUCCUGUUACUUAUGAAGUGUUGCACUUGUUAAUGGGUUCUAUGGUUACAUGUAGGCUAUGUCCAUCUUGAAUAUAUGACAAAGCUGGUAUUCUUCACUUUCUGUCUUCUGUUGUAAGAAUAUCUACUGGCGUUUAUAUCUGGUGGGGUUCAUUUUGCAAUCUUUUCCCUAAUCAGGAAAGCACACACAUCUGACAGAAGCUUCUAUGGUGCUUGGCCACUGACUUGCCUUACUAUUCUACUGCUUGAUCCUGUAUACGACAGAAAGAAGAGCAAUAAACUUAUCACAGCCAAA